GUGGAGCUUACAUAAAAUAUCCUAGGAUUAUUGCAUCUAGGUAAACUAUUUGCAAGGGUUUCCACAUCCGCAUUCGCUGGGUCAUCGGGUAUAACUUAAUAUGUGCUAGUAUCAAGUCGACUGCACAGUGAGGUGCUACUGGAUUUAAGCUGAGUACUGAUCAUUUACCGAGUUCGCCCACAGAGUUGGAAAGUGCUACCAAAGUCGUGCCAAAUACUCGACAAUCGUCAUCACCUGAUAUCCUUCACGCUACUUCUUAAGUGGAUUCUAAUAGAGCACCCCUCAUUGAAUGGUAGCCGGUGGGUGUGUCAACAGCUUCCGUACGGCGUACACGCGGCUAAUAUAACUGCAGCUAACUGCCACUAGCUAAUCGCGUCAAGAAGGAAGACGUACUUGUUUCUUUAACUGUGCUGCAUACAGGAGGACGGGAUACUGAAUCCUGAAUCUCAUACAAUGGUAUUAAUGGCUGGAGGAUUCGAGAUGUGAUCUGGUCCUGGGAUCUUUUUCGUUGCAUUGGUAGUACCGUGAUAUUUAUUAGGUUAUAGACAUGUACUAGACAAGCAGCAGUAUAAUUUUCCAAGAGUUUCCAAACGUCUUGGUUCAUUAUUUUGGUUGGAUACACCUUGAUAGAUUCAUAUGAUUUCGACGUCGAAUGACAUCAACACCGAGGACUUUAAACUUUUGUCAGCGUGCAGGGCACAGGUUUUUUUUAUCAUCCGGAUAAAAGAUCUAAUACAAAGAAUUGUAACAAUAAUAACAUAGCUUAAAUAAACUCAAUUAGUGCCCGUAAAGACCAGAUCGGAACACCACAGCACUCUGUACAUUUCUAUACAAACCGCGUGGAUCUGCAAUGGUCGCUAACAGAGUCUAAAUCUGAUUCUGAAAGGAUGAUGUCAUUGUGACUGCCACAUGAUUUCUACAACCAAAACCCUGAAGGUUUCUGAGUUUGAUCGUCACUCUGGACACAUGGGGUUGUUGUACAUGGUGGUUGUGUUAUCUGUACAGCUUUUAACUAUCACCUGCUAUAACAUCGAUACGUCCCAGCCAGUAAUCUACUCCGGGUCUAACGGUAGUUACUUCGGCUAUUCCGUGGCGUUGCUCAACAAUUCUCGAGGAUCCUGGGUGUUGUCUGGAGCACCUAAAAGCCAAUCUCGAUACCUGAAGGGAAUUGAGUCCCCAGGAGCCCUCUUUAAAUGCCCCAUACACCAAUCCAAAAGGAAAUGUCAAGAGGUUAAGCUAGACGUCAAAGGGAAUGGCUGGGAAUUGAUCGGAAAGGCGAGAAGUAAGACCCGGAAGGACUUCCAGUGGUUGGGAGCCUCUCUGGACAUAAAGCCGUCAUUCGAGGCCACAAUAUCAGUAUGUGCACCGAAGUGGUCUGAUGCCAAAUUCAUCGAUUACCAUUACCUUGUGAAUGGGAUGUGUUUUGAGAUCGAUCAGGAAUUUAAAGACAGUAGUUUACGUAAGCUGUAUCCUUUGGUGGUGAAGGGCAAGCAGGUUCGGACGACUGGCGAGUUUGUCUACGGCUCUGGCAUGGCGGGAUUCGUCGCACACUACGCUCAGGACGAAUCACUUUUGCUUGGGGCACCAGGAGUUGAUGAUUGGCAAGGCGGUGUCGUCCGUUAUGACAGAAAUACAGUGAAAAUAGCGGAGAAAUUUACAGAAAAAGACGGCUAUGCCGGAUAUUCUCUGAGCUCUGGGCGUCUGUAUAGUGACAAACUCGUGUAUUACGUCACGGGGGCACCACGAGCCCAUGGGACCGGCCUGGUGUAUAUUCUCCAUAGAAACAUGCAAAUAACAUCGAAAGUGUCCGGUAAACAAGUCGGUGAGAAGUUUGGCUCUGCGGUCACGGUGGUGGACAUUAACGGUGAUGGCUUGGAUGACAUCAUUAUUGGAGCACCGCUGUACUCUUACAUAAUGAACGAAGGAAGAGCUUACGUCUUCAUCAACAGGGAUUUGGGCAUAUUUCAUUUAUCCAACCCUGUGCUUGACGGUAGUCGAUCAGUUGGAUCUCAUUUUGGGGCAGCUAUAUCCAGCUUGGGGGAUGUUGACAUUGAUGGAUAUCCAGAUAUUGUGAUUGGAGCGCCAUUUGAAGACGAAGGCGUUGGCUCGAUCUAUAUUUAUAAUGCUUACGAAGGCGGACUGCGGUCAGAAUAUUCCCAAAGAAUCAGAGGUGCGGAGCUCGGAGCCAACCUGCGAGGCUUUGGGGGUUCGUUUUCACGGGUGCACGAUAUAGAUGGGAACACGUUUGGGGAUUUUGCCGUUGGGUCAUUCCUCUCGGACAAGGCUGUUGUGCUGCGGGGAAUCCCUGUUAUAGACCUGGAAGUCCAGAUUAAAUUCUCCGUCAAAACGAUAGACCUGAAGCAGAAAAACUGUGAAGUUAAGGGCAAGCCUGUGACGUGUUUCACUGUGACCGUAUGCUUCCAGUUCGACCGUGCCACCUCGUCUGACGAUAUCGAAAUCAGUUACAACCUGACGGCCGACACGAUGGAUACGCGGGUGUCUCAGGUGGACCGAAUUUCUCUCAAACAGGAAGGUCUAUGGAAGUCCCUUUCCUCCAGAGCUAGACUAACGAAAGACAAGUACACUUGCUCUCAGCAUCAAGCUGUAGCUUUUGGGAGUCAAGACAUUAUCACACCAGUGAAGUUUGCUGUGUCCUUUGAGUUGUCGCCCUUUGUAAAAUCAUCUUCCGUCCACCUUCAGCCAGUGCUCAACAAAUACAAAUCCAGGAAAGCCUCAAAACAGAUAUUAUACGUGAAAAAUUGCGGAGCUGACAACGUAUGUGUGAGCGAUUUGCACUUGGAAACGGAACUGAUUUUACCCAACAGACAAGACUAUCUGAUCAGUGGAGAGGACUCGUACAUUUCCCAUCAGAUAACUGUGACAAACUCGGGAGAGCCAGCUUACCUGACGAGUGUGCUCAUCUCGUACCCUACCUCACUGCAAUACGUCCGGGUAAACUCCAUACGAGGCCCCAGUGCCACGGUUUGCACCCACCUGCUACCGGGUAACAACACCGCACAUAUGGAGGGAAACAUUUCACCAAACAAUCACACGGUGGUCAUCUGCGAUAUAGGCAAUCCGGUUCGCACUAUGGAAACUGUUCUUUUUCUGGUGAAAAUGUUCGUUGAUUCCGGAAAUCCAGACCCGGAUCCACUACAGAUCCGGGCAUAUGUCCGGACAGCCAGCGAGCAGAUGAAUGAUACGCUCAGUGAGGGAUCUACAAUAGAUUAUCUGCUUAUCCGCCUGAAAGCCGGGCUCAUCGUUACUGGGAUUUCAUCGCCUGAACAAAUUCGCCUUCUGCGCACUGAUUUGAAAAGUGAUAACAGCAUUACCGAGAAACCUUUCAGCCAUGUGUAUGAAAUCGGCAACUUGGGACCUAGUAUUUUACCCGUGGGAACGAUGUUUAUUACAGUGGUUCUAGACAAACGGCUGGGUGACAUGGUGAAGGUCAACCGAAUGGAGGUUAUAGAUCCAGCGACAGACUUAAUUCGGGAGAAUGUGUGCCAAAUUAAUCAACCGUCUGACAAAGGUGUUCACGUGAACAUGAAAACAGCCGUACAGCAACAUCCGAGCUAUUCACACAACCAGACCUUUUAUACUUUCAACUCUGCCGUGGAUAAUAUUGAUAAGCGCUGUGAGAAGGCAGUCUGCAUCAGUGGCCAGUGCAUGGUUCGGAACCUUCGUGCUGAGGCCAGUGUGCACGUGGCAGUCAGGAUGUAUAUCCAGAGCAAUGUGUUCGUGGAAAUACAGGAUACAAGUCUCAUGCAAAUCAAUUCCUCUGCCAAGUUUGUGGAAGAUCUCGAUCCCAUGUACAUUGCUGCCCCAUCCUCUGACCGCUAUAACAAAACGGUGAUGACGAGUUUGUACACAGACGUCAGUAGUACUGGAGUCAGCCUCUGGGCCCUCCUAGCCAGCGUCUCCGCGGGAUUUCUCGUCAUACUGGUCAUCUGUAUACUGCUAUGGAGGGGUGGAUUUUUCCGUCGUAAGAAGAAAGAAGAACUCGCACGGCUUAUUGAAGAAAGAGAAAGUGAAAGCGGCAGUAGAAUGAACACUAUGCAGAGCGACAACGAAGGCAUGCGCCUACAGCCCAUGAGGAGGCGGAACGAAGUCACGUGCUCAGGCUCGGGCGACUAUGAGGAGCCUAUUCUGCAAAGGAACAGCGGUAUUGCAAAUGGACAUGGCUCCAGAAGGACGGACAGGUAGCAAUUGUUCAUCACACCAUGACAAAAUCAUCCCCCAUCGUGUCCUCAUCGUGAUGUACCCUACAAAGCAAGACUAGUUACAGAAAACCCAUGUAUGCAGCACAAAUUGCACUAUGGUGUUAUACGCCUGUGCAGGAUGUAAAAAGUGCGACAACCUUUGUCCAGUUUCUGAGGUUUAUAAAAGCGACAUUGUUCACUGAAGUAAACUUCAGAGGAGACAUCAUCUGCUGGUUGAGAAUACUUCAACUUGUACCAUUUCCUGUUCUAAACAGUUAGGCUCCACGUCCUUAGAGAGGUUUGUAAAAUAGUUUUGAAUCGAAGAAUAUUUGAAACCUGAUUAGAAUAUGAUGGAGACUUGACUGCCUGGUGAUCAGUUUAAUUUGGUUGCUUUGGACAAGGAACGAUUGCGCUACAGUGUUGUUAAUCUCCCGGCAUCGAUUGAAAGGAUUACUGUAGAGGUGGAGAACGGAAUGAUCCGCUUUAUACUACCAGAAGGAAAAAAAUCGUGAACAUCAUUAAAUGAUGAUAAGUUGAAAGGAAGUAUUUAAUAGACGAUAUGAAUAUUUCCCUACACUAUGAAGAUGCCUUGAACAACUAUAUUUUUGAGUGGAAGCAAUUUCUACCAAUAACUAGUCCAAAUUGUUGAAAAAGAAUUCUUUUCAGUGAAAGGUAGUGUGUUCAAAUGUGGCUUCUUAUGUGGAUUUGAGGCAACUGAAGAACAGAUUUACGCUAUUCUGGUAUUCCUGCUGUGGACGAAGGCUCUGUUUUCAAAUCUUGUCGAAUAGGUUGUACAGUUCUGGUGUGCAUGCACCGAAUAUCAGGUACUGAUGUGAUGACGAUGACGAUGGGUUUUAUUUUCUGCAGGUGGAACAGACUUCGUCUCACUAUGAAUGUCAGGUGGCUCAAUUCAGUUGUAUAUACAUGCCAGACGCCAUAAAUGUGGUGCGCUUAAGAAGACAAUCAGAGUCAAUCAUUAUGGAAGUAUGUGUGUAAUGAAUGUUGUUUUGUGCAAGGUUGAGCAUGUGCUUUGUGCACUUGAUCCGGCCAACGCUAUGGCUUUAAAAAAGGCUCGUGUCCCAAGCUCUUCAUAUAUGCACAGAUUGCAUCAGUGAAUAAUAGCUUUCAAAUUCAUAAUUUACCAGAAAAUUGCUACCUAUACUGUUUGUACCUAUACUUUUUAAAACUGUUACCAGCUAUUAAGUAUCAAGUGACUUCUAAGACAGUGUAACAACACAGCAAGCUUUAUUUUUAUAUAGAUGUACUUUGCAAAUUGGGACUGAUUAUAAAAAACAUCCUUGAGUUCGACGUUAAACACUAAUGAAUCAACCAAUCAAUCAAUCGAUCAAUCAAUCCGCAUCUCAUUUCACCAAACUUUACGAUAUGAAAUGCUUAAUGUAUCUCUUGUAAAUUUUCAUAUAGUAACUUUUUACUGUAAUGUCGUCUAAGAGAAUGUUUUCCGAGGGGUAGGGGAGGGGUGUUGUGUCUAAUGUUUUCCCAUGUGAUAUAGUUUACAUACCGGUUUUAUUUUUUCUCUUAAAGUGAGUAUCUCACACUCUCGUCUGCUUACGAAAGGUCUUCCGUGUACCGUUGUCUAUAUGACUUUAUUUCUAGGGGACAGAUUUGAUUUAAGUUUAAUUUAUUUCUACAGUUAUCCUUUUGAAUCUCUUCAUGUUGACCUUCAUGUUUAACACGGUCUUGUAUAAUAUUUUAACAAUUUUACUGCUAUUUAUGUAAAGUUUAAAUAAACUAUAACGAUAAACACAUGAAGUGUUUAAGCCA